AAUGCUUCCUAUUUGGAAAGAGGCCGUGUGUUAUUGAGAUUUGGAUUUCGAACGCGGUUUGAGAGUGCGACGCUGUUGGACUCUGGACGUCUCCGAAAUUCUGUUCAUCUGGAUCCGUGGUGGACGCAGGGAGUCAAAGCGAAGGGACGCCUUGAUUUGAGCUGAGAGUUGCCAGAUUGUACUGUGGGCUUCCAUCGAGGGCUACGAGAAAUAUCUGGAUCUAGAGAAGGAAUAGCUAGUCGCAUUGGAUUCGACAUCAAGGGGCACUUCUCGCCUCAAUAUCUGGAUCAGAGAGGUCUCAAAACACGAUGGACCCCGCAAUGGACGAAUUUGCGCAGACAAGAGGCGCCGACGACUUGUUCGAUGAUGAGAUUGUCCCUGUCGCUACAGAGGCGCAAGCACCCCCCGAACCGGAGCCGGUCGAGGUGGUGGCAGUUGAGGUAAAGCCUGAACCCGAGGUCCAAGUGCCGACACCGCGAGCAAGCACCCCGCAGCGUCCGCGUGGAGGUGAGAGAGGGAGAGGCCGCGGUAGAGGCCGAGGCGGCCGUGGCUCACAUGCUGGAGGACAACGACGGGGCGACACGGUACCGAAACCGACUCCGGAGGCAGAACCCAAGGGCGCAGAAGAGCCGACACAAGAGAAGCCGGCAGAAGAUAUCAAGUCUUCAAACGGCGAUGAGACGUCUGCGGAAGCAGCCCGCGUCCCAGCAGUACGUGGGGACCGUAGCGCCACAGGAGGAUUAAAGAAGCCAAAACUGACAGAAGAAGAGCUUGCGCAGCGGAUAGCAGCCGCGAAAGAGAACGCUGCCCGCAAGGCGGCUGCCCACGCUCGUGCAGAGGCCGACCAAGCGUCUUUCAUGGAGCGCGAGAAGGUAGCCGCAGAGAAAAGGCGCCAGGAGGUUCAGAAUCGCCGUGCAAUGGACUCGGAGCGCGAGCGCAACCGACUACGGAAACUGAAUGCGUUGGGUGGACGCGAGUGGGAUGCCACCAAGCGCGAAGAGGACUACAACCCGCGCGGAGGUGGGAGCCAGUUUCGCCGUGGCAUGCAUGGAGGUGUUUCGGGCUAUACACGACGAGACCAUGAUGAAGGUCGCCCUGGCGAAGAGACGGCCGGUCGUGGACGUGGUGGACGCGGCGGACGAGGUCGUGGUGCCCACCGUGGCCGCCGUGGAGAGGCCAGUGGCUCUCACGAACCAGCUACCUCACCCGCACCCAGUGCUGAGCCCAAAGCCCCUGCCCUCGUCGUUACGAACGAGGCCGAGUUCCCUGCUCUCCCUGCAGGCACCAACGCAAAGCUUGUCGCUCUGCCAGACUUGGACAGCCCGUCGCAUUCCAUUUCGCCCGGUGCCACAUGGGCCGACCAAGUCGAGUCCAGCCGAGAAUAACAGCAUACUUGCAAUGUUUUAUUGAUACCUUGCUUAUUGUUGCGCCUAAUUUUGUGAUACGCCUAUUGUAACGAGUCAUACGAGGAUAUAGCUAGAACUGACAUCAUAUCUAAAGUCAAGCAGAAUUACUCCAC